CUUUAAUAUAUCGAUAUAUCAACAUAUCAUGGCGCAGUCAAGCAACGACCCCUUCCACGCCCCCCUCGUCACAACUUCCAAUCCUCCAAACAUCAAAGCACAUACCGCCCACUCACAGCUUUCAAUAACGCCCUUCCCCCCCGACGACCCAACAAUCGCCUUCAUCCGCACCGCGCCCCAAACCAGCAACAGCACCGCCGCAGCCAGACAAGCACUCCUAUCACAGGAGCACGCCCAGCGCGCAUUCCAGAACCUCAAAACCACCCUUGCCGCUGCAGACGCGACGCCGCGCGACAUCACCAAGCUCACGGUGUACUUGCAGACCGAGGUGCGUAUCACGGCGGAGCAGUUGGACCAGGUCAUUGCAGGGUUUUGUAGUGAUGGGGAAGGGAACAGGCAUAAGCCGCCCGUUACGGUGCUCUACGUGGAGAAGGUGAUGGCAGAAGGGUUUGCGAAGAUUGCUGUUGAGGCGGAGGCGGUUGUUCGGUUGAAGCCGCCGAGUUAUGAGUCGUUGGCGUGAGUAUAUAAGCUCUAUUGCACCCUGGAGUAGUGUUUGAUUCUAGGGCAAGAGAUAGUCUUAUUCCUGGCUUGUUGGGCUGUUAUACAUACUCUCUUCUUAUUUAGUAUUUCAAUUGCACUUAACUUCUAGCUGCCCUAUAUACAUGUCUGAGUGCUAUUUAGGCCAACCCAGCGGCAAACCCG